AUGGAGGUAGAAUUGAAGGAAAUGAGGGAAAAGUUGGAUGAAAGCAUUAAAAAAUUUGGUGAUGAAAGAGCCACUUCAACAAAAUUAUACAAAAGAGUGGAGUCUGCAGCUGCCGCAAAAAAAAAAUUACAGAACCAAUUGGAGCAUGAGACGGAAAAAGAAAAACAUUUGGAAGAGAAAGCAGAGGACGAAAGAAAAAAAUGUUUUUUAAACUUACAAUUACGUCAAAUCUUCAGUUUUAAUCGCUGUGUAAAAUUCUCUGGACUGAUAAUGAGAAUAGCAAAACUGUCAUGCAAACAUAUCAAUUCUGUAAAAAAUCUUCGUGCCCACAUCAUUGUCACUGGACUAGCCCUUGAAAUAUUUAUACAAUCCAAGCUUGUGACUACGUAUGUAAUGUUUGGAAGUUUGGAUGAUGCUCGCAAAGUGUUUGACAAAAUGUCUGAACCAAAUGCAUCGCAAGCGGUUCACAAAAUUUACAAACCGAAUGCUUUUUUAUGGAAUGUGAUGAUUAGAGAGUGUGCUAGGAGUGGACUUCACAAAGAGGCUCUUAAAGUCUAUUGCAAAAUGUAUGAGGGAGGCAUACAGCCAGACAAUUUCACGUUUUGCGCAGUGCUGAAGGCGUCCAACUCCCUUGUGAAAAUGUAUGCGAAGUGUGGGGAAAUAGAAUUUGCACGCCAAGUAUUUGACAGAAUGCUUGUGAGAGAUGUUGUUACAUGGAAUGCAAUGAUUUCUGGGUGUGCUCAGAAUGGAAAGGCUCGUGAAGCCUUGGUUCUCUUUGAUCAAAUGCAACAGUCAGAGAUGAAGCCUAACCCAGUUACUAUUGGAAGUGUACUCCAGGCUUGUUCCCAUAUGGGAAAUUUCGAAAAGGGCCGUCAGAUCCAUGAAUAUGUAACUCAAGGUGGGCUAGAGUUCAAUGAUUUUGUAGGGAACUCCUUGAUAGAUAUGUAUGCCAAAUGCAAGAAGGUUGAGAUUGCACGGCAAGUGUUUGACAAGAUGCCCACAAGAAUGGUGGUUUCAUGGAGUGCAAUUAUUGCUGCAUAUGCGCCGAAUGGGCAAGACAAGGAAGCUUUGGAACUCUUUGCUCAGAUGCAACUAGCUGAUAUCACACCUAAUUCUGUCACUAUGGUCAGCGUACUCCAGGCAUGUGCCCAUUUAGGAGAUUUGGAGCAAGGGAAGCAAAUCUAUGAUUAUAUAAUCCAAAGUGGAUUGAAGUUGGACAUUUUUGUGGAGAAUUCCCUUAUUGCCAUGUAUGCUAAAUGUGGGAAUUCGGAGCUUGCAAGUCAGUUGUUUGAGUACAUGUCUAAAAGCGAUCUGGUUUCAUGGAAUGCUAUGAUUGCUGGGUAUGCUGAGACUGGACGUGCCAGUGAGGCUUUAGCAAUAUUUAAUCAAAUGCAGCAGGCAGGUGUAGCACCUGAUUCCAUCACUGUGGUGAGUCUGCUUCAGGCAUGUGCCCGUGAAGGCAAUUUGCAAAAGGGCAAGUGGAUUCAUUAUUAUAUAAUUCUAAAUAGGUUUGACUCUGAAAUUUUUGUAUUAAAUUCAUUGAUCGACAUGUAUGCAAAGUGCGGGGUUGUUGAGAGUGCACGUCAGGUUUUUGACAAAAUGUCAAAAGAAAAUUUAGUAACAUGGAAUGCAAUGAUUGCUGGAUAUGUUCAUAAUGGACAUGCCAAAGAAGCUUUGAUGCUUUUUGGUCAAAUGAAACAAAGAAACAUUGAACCUGAUUCAGUGACAAUGGUGAGUCUACUCCCAGCAUGUGCUCACUUAGGGUUCCUGAAUAAAGGGAAGUGGUUCCAUGAUUAUAUAGUUCAAAACGGAUUUGAGAUGAAUCUUCCUAUUGGGAAUUCCUUGAUUGACAUGUAUGCCAAAUGUGGGAGCAUAGUUGCCGCACGAAAAUUGUUUGAUAGAAUGUUGCAGAGAGAUGUGGUCUCAUGGAGUGCGAUGAUUUGUGGGUAUGGUAUGCAUGGACACGUCGAAGAUGCUCUUGAACUAUUUCAUCAAAUGCAACAGACAGGCACAAAGCCAAACCACAUCACCUUUGUUGGUGUUUUGUCUCCAUGUAGUCAUGCAGGUUUGUUGGAGGAGGGAUGGAAGUAUUUUGAUUGCAUGGCUCAAGAAUACUGUAUCACACCUAGCAUGGAACACUAUUCCUGCAUGGUUGAUCUUCUUGGGCGCUGUGGAAAUCUUGUCGAGGCAGAAUGCUUUAUCAAAAACAUGCCUUUUAAACCAGGUCCAAGUGUGUGGGGGGCCUUGCUUAAUGCCUGCAGGAUCCAUGGCAAUAUUGAGCUAGGAGAACUUGCAGCAGAAUGCCUUUUCGUCUUAGAGCCUAAAAAUGAUACUUCUUAUAUUCUAUUAUCAAACAUUUAUGCAGCAGCUGGAAGGUGGGAUGAUGUAGAUAAGUUGAGAACGGCAAUGCAAGGCAGGGGCUUGAAAAAGAGACCAGCGUGCAGUUUAAUUGAGACUAGAGGUAAACUAAAACUUUGCAGUCACAGUGAGAAGCUUGAAACUGCUUUUGGGUUUCUCAACACAAGACCUGAAACUGCCAUCCGUAUCACGAAAAUCCUUCGUGCUUAUGUUGACUGCCAUGAUGUCACCGAAUUCAUCUCAAAUAUCAUUGACAGGGGAAAAACUACAGGGGAUUUAAAGAGAUUCCUAUCCUUUCAAAAUUUGUACAGCAAGCAUAGUAUUUCCUUGCUGAAAACUUAUCCAUAUAACAUGCCCUGA